CGUACGUACGCAACACGAAGAAGAAGAAGAAGCACCAACAGCAAUGUUUGAGGGAGUGAAAAAUUAAACAAAAAUCGACGAAAUUGGCUAGUUAAAUAUAUAGGCCGAUUAAAAAACAAAUCAUCAAGAUUUCUAGACAACGCAGACUCCUUCAGAAGCUCACAAUGGAUCGAGUGACCAAGCCGCAGAAGAAGAUGCUCAUCACGUUGCUGCGAGAAACCAAGUACAUGGAGGGCAAGAAGGAGAAGGAGUGGUACUGGGAGAAGAUUCAAGCGGCCCUCAACACAAUUGGACCCAAGAAAACCAUCAUCCAGUGGAAGAAGUGCUGGCGGGACAUGCGACUGACCACCAGGAAGAAGCUGGCGGAGCUAAAGCGCUGUCAACUAUCUGGAGGAUCUCCUCCGCCAGGCAUCGAACUAAACCAGGAGGACAACGACAUCAUCGACAUUGUCGGCACCGAAUACUUCUACGAGGAGAUGAACGGCGAACUCAAGGCGGAAAACUUUUUAACCGGCUUGGACUAUGCUCCGGAGAAUUUGUGCGAUGUCAUUCUUACGGGAACUGUGGGCCAUCACCAGCAUAACAUGCACCAGAAGGAUCCCCAAUCCCAUGCAGGGCAGCAGCCGCAGCAAGAUCAUCACACUAAUGAUGGCGAAACCAACGAUGCUCCCGGGUCUAGUAACGGUGGCUCGUAUCAGGGCCAUCCUGUGCCACAGCUGCAGGCCCACAACGGGGCAGGUGGAGGGGGAGGAGGCGAGCAUGGAGGUGGUGGCCAAGCGCACUCUGGAAUGCUGCAGCAUCCUGCUUUUCAUGGUGGCCUGCACCCGCACCUGUUGAGGCGUCAGCAUGGCAGUGGAUCAUUCUCCCGUGAGUCGCCCUUCGAGGAAAAGUUGCUGCAGUUCAUGCAGGACGCCUUUCCCAAAAAGAGCAAGAAGCGUAAGAAUCGAGAUCCGGAUAAGCUCUUUCUUCUUUCCCUGUACGAGGAGAUAAAAAGGGUUCCCGAGGAAAUACGGCUUGAUGUUAAGUCCGAACUAAUGCAGAUACUAAAGAAGUACCAGAAGAAGUCGCCCGUCAAGGCGGAAAAGUCUACGCCCUCGUCAACGUCAACAUCCUCGAAACUGAGCUCCAGCAGCAGUGGCAGUGGUAAUUCGGUGACAGCGCACUUGUCUCACAGCAUGUACCAGUUGCAAAAGAAGUACGAGAAGGGCGAGCGCGAACCGUCGCCUCAAUCGCAAGUGGAACGUGUGUCCGCUGCAGGAUCGGUGGCUGUGCCCCUCCAUGCAUCCCAGCAGCUGCCCCUCUUUCAGCUGCAGAAGAAGUACGAGGAGAGCGCCGUGGAGAAGGCCCACCAGCAGCAGCAACAGCAGAGCGAGCAGCGGAAGCACGUAGAGGCCGCCCAGGCCCAUCAUACUGCCCACCAGCAAGCGCCACCGCCCCCACCCAACGAGCAGCACCUGCACCAUCCCCAGAUGACUCACAACAUUAUGUUCCCGCUGGGCCAGCUGCGUAACGAGCAGCCGCCUGCGCAGCAGCACCAGCAUGGCCACAAUCCCCACCAGCAACAGCAACAGCAUCCCCACCAGCAGCAACAGCAAGGUCAGCAGCACCAUCCGCCCACGAUCUUUGGCCCGACCGCCAGCGACCGGCCAGCGAUGUCCUACGAGAACGUCGGAUGAGUGCUGAGCCGUCUGUGGGAAGCCACUUGUGGAGCACCACGCCCUGCGACGGUGUCCCCCACGACGGCAGACGCGCACCACUGUUAGCCCUCGAUUUAGACAGCAACUCGUAGGUCUCAUUCUUAUGCUAGCCUAUACCUAAGUUGUUCACUUACUACAAAGGGGUAAUAGCUUAGGAAAUAGAAAAGAGAUGCUUCUUGUGGUAUCUUUUUAAUCAAAUUUUUUAGGGAUAUUACCAGUUUGUAGCGAGUCGAGCUAUGAUCCUCAUGUAAAUGUUUCCUUGGCAAUAACAGCGCAGCUUAACUGUGAAUCAAGUUCACAAUAGAUCGCGAUGCGUGAAAAUAUCAGUGUAAACUUAAAUAUAAUUGUAUCUUUAAACUGUG